UGUUAGAGAUCCAAUUAAAAGUAGAUAAUAUACCCGACAUAAUAAACCCUGCACGAAGAUUCAUACAUAGUGGCGAUCUUUACAAAGUUACUCCUCUAUUUACAUCAACAAAGCCUUACUUUUCAUCCACCCAAGAAAUACGAACACAUUUCCUAUUUAACGAUCUAUUACUAUUUUGUUCGAAUUCUCAAGGAGGAAAACUUACUUACAGAGGUCAAAUCGAUUUAAAUAAUUGUGCGAUUAUGGAUAUUGAUGAUGACGCGUCAGAUAAGCCAUUUUGUUUUCAAUUAAUUACAAAAACGGCAAAAGGUGACUUAAGGCAUACAGUCCGCACAAAUACUGGUGAAGAGAAAGCUGAAUGGAUGGGGAAAAUCGAAUAUGCGAUAUCAUCUUUGCAAAAUGGAAUAAGAAUUUCUUAUAAUAUUACUCCUUCUCAACUUGGCGUAACCUCGAUAACAAACCGACGUCCAUCACACGCGUCAGAUAUGUAUAUAUCAUCAGACUUACUAAAUAUUGAGACACAAGGUGUAACGAACUUAGAUCCGAAAAACGCUAAAGGAACUUCUAAACACCUUAAACCACGAUUAAC